AGAAGAAAGAGCUUUUCUGUACACGGGAGAGACACAUAUAGAGAGAGAUCGACAGAGAGUGAGGAAGGAGAGACAGAGAGACUGUGUGUGUGCUGUAUUGAAAACUGCAGACAGGCAGGGAGAAGAGAAAAGAGAGAAGACAGAAGACAUGGCAGAGCUGAUCAGCGAGGAGCAGUUUGACUGCUCGGUGUGUCUGGAGAUAUUGAAGGAGCCGGUCACUAUUCCAUGCGGACACAGCUUCUGUACGGGGUGCAUUAAGAAGGUCUGGGAUCAGGCUGAAGGCACAGCAGCAGCAGCAACAGGCUCCUACAGCUGCCCCCAGUGCAGAGCCCUCUUCUCCCCCAGGCCUGUUCUGGGCAGGAACAUCAUGCUGGCUGAAGUUGUGGAGAAACUGAGGAAGAGCCCCAGGGGAGGGGGAGAGGGGCUCAAGCCUGGUCCUGCUGCUGCUGGGUCUGGAGGUGAGGAGGUGCCCUGUGAUUUCUGCACCGGGACGCACAGCAAAGCCCUCAAAUCCUGCUUGGUGUGCCUGGCUUCCUACUGCGAAACCCACCUGCAGCCUCACCGGGACAAGGCAGCUUUUAAAUGGCACAAGCUGGUGGAUCCAGUUGGAAAUCUGGAAGAGAAGCUUUGUGAAACGCACGGGAAGAUGUUGGAUCAGUUCUGUAGAAGAGAUCAGACCUGCAUCUGCACAUUGUGUAGAGAAGAAAAGCACCAGAAUCACAUGACAGUGUCGGUGGAGACAGAGAGGCCCGUCAAGCAGGAGCAGCUGGGGGAGAGGCAGGCAGAAAUCCACAAGAGAAUCCAGGAGAGACUGAAGGAGCUGGAGGAGCUGAAACAGGCUGUGGAGUCACUCAAGAGCUCAGCGCGCAGAGAAACGGAGGAAAGCCAGCAGAUUUUCACCCAGCUGAUCCGCUCCAUUCAGCAGAAACAAGCAGAAGUGACAGCGCUGAUCGCAGAGAAAGAGAAGGCUGCCGUGAGUCAGGCUGAAGAGCGCAUGGAACAACUGGUGCAGGAAAUCACUGAGCUGAAGAGGAGAGACGCUGAGAUGGAACAGCUUUCAAAGACAGAGGAUCACAUCCAUUUUCUAAAGAAUUACCAGUCUCUCUGUGAAUCUAGCUACUUACCCAGCGUUACUGUCAAUACAGACGUUACAUUUGAGGCUGUGAGGAAAGCUGUGUCUGAACUUAAAGGCAAACUUGAGGACAUCUGGAAGAUAGAGUUUGUGAGCAUCACUAAAACAGUGAAUAGAGUUUCUUGUCUGCGGGAACCAAAGAACAGAGCAGAGUUUUUAAAAUAUUCCCGUCAGCUCACACUGGACCCCAAUACAGUGCAUAGAGAGCUCAGGUUGUCUGAAGGGAACAGAAAGGUGACACGGGAGGGAGAGCCCCUGCCAUAUCCUGAUCACCCAGAGAGAUUUGAAUCUGAAUUCCAAGUGCUUUGUACAGAGGGUCUGUCUGGGACUCGCUGUUACUGGGAAAUUAAGUGGAGUGUAGGGGUUGAAAUAGGAGUCACAUAUAAAGGAAUCAGCAGGAAAGGAGGAUCUGUUUCUUGUCAACUUGGAAGAAAUGACAUGUCCUGGAGUUUGUACUGUGCUACUAGUCACUCUGCCUGGCACAAUAACAAAGAGAUUAAAAUAACUGCCCCCUCCUCCUCCAGAAUAGGAGUGUACCUGAACUGUCCUGCUGGCACUCUGUCAUUUUAUAGCGUCUCUCCUGACGACAAAAUGACCCUCCUGCACAGAUUCCACACCACAUUCACUGAGCCGCUGUAUCCUGGGUUUCGGCUUUCCUUUUAUUGUUGGGGACAAAAGCCAUUUGGAAGUUGUCUGGGCUUGGUCACUCAGCCUGGCACAAUAACAAAGAGAUUAAAAUAACUGCCCCCUGUUCUCCAGAAUAGGAGUGUACCUGGCUUGUCCUGCUGGCACUCUGUCAUUUUAUAGCGCCUCUCCUGACGACACAAUGACCCUCCUGCACAGAUUCCACACCACAUUCACUGAGCCGCUCUAUCCUGGGCUUGGGUUUGGGUUUUAUUUCAUGGGUUCUGUAAAUAUCUGUCAGCUGAAAUAAGCUGCUGUUUUGUUGUACUUCUGUUUUAAAUUUGCAGACUGACAGAUCCUAGAUUCCCUGUGCUGUCUGUUAAUUGCUGUAGUUAGCUUUUCAAAUCAAAUGCAUUUGGUGGAUCUGUACACAGAAGCACAACAAGUGAUUCAGACGGUCACUGUAAAUAUAGUAUCGUGAGUUCUGAUUUACAUAUCUGAUUUAUAUUCUUUUAGUGUUAAAAGUGUAAUUUGUAUAAAUCAGGUGUGUAUAGUUUGGGUAUGCAGAAACUCAAUACUUGUUAUUGUCUUUAAGAAGUAUUUAUCAGCAGAUGUUAAUAAAUCCAUUCAUUAACAGGUUGAUUUCAAUACAAGAAAAGCUGUCCUCCCUGACUUUUACAAUUGAGUAACAAUCAAUGGUGAUUCACUUCCGCGCUGAGUGUUUUAAAAGCCGAUUGGAAGAUUUUCCUCUCAUCCAGGGAGCUGACAUUGUUACUGCCAGACAGAGGCUGUAAACUGACAAUAAAAAGUUUCUGCACACCCGACUACACUGGAUUAUUUCACAAAGAAAUGGUGACAUUGGGUUCUAUUUUAUUAUAAAAUUAAAAGCUUGAAAUUUAAAAUACAUUUAAUUUAAUGCCCUUAUUAAAGAGGAACUUCUGUACAUAACUAUAUAA